AUGGACAUAACACCCGUAGUAACACCAGACGACUUUACGACAGCUGAAUCGUUGCUCAUAAGUGAGCACUACGGAGAAGGCCAGCAACAGUUGGACAGUCCGUAUAUGAAGAAGUUUCGCACGACGUGCGACAAAGACGGUAUCAUCAGAGUGGAUAGGCGCAUGUCUAACGCGCAGACCGACAAUUCUACUAACCCCAUCCUCAUACUGUCGGAUCAUCCUCUCUGUUAUAUGUUGAUCAUGUACCAUCAUUGUCAGCUAUUUCACGCUGGACCGUCCCAUUUGAUAACCACCUGGCGCCAGAGCUUCUUCACACUUAAACUGAAACGUUUGAGACAGGUCGUACGCUCGAAUGGUCAGUCUAGUAGGAAACCACCCCGAGUAGGAGAAGUAGUGCUCGUCAGACAGGACGCGCAUCGAUCAACUUGGCCACUAGCACUCAUCCUGGAACUUCACACAUCAUCCGAUGGCAACGUAAGAUCAGCCAAGAUCCGGACAGCCAAAAAGAAGAUACUAGAACAUUCAAUCAAUCAUCUGGUACCUCUGGAGAUAGUGACAGAUGACGAUGCCAUUCCUGAGAGAGUUUACGAGCAGCACCUUGCAGUAAAGGAUACCCCUUCUGCAACAUCUAAGGAGUGA